AUGCAAACUCCACCGACAACCAGCGAUGGCGUAGAAAAUGCUGCAGAGCUCAACCCCCUCGUCGGCGACUACUACGACCAGACGCCUCCCGGCGAGAUUGUGGACUCGGACGAUGACCUGCACAACCUGGAGCCCAUCUGGCCCGGCCAAAACCCCGUCGUCGCCGUCAUCGGCGUCGGCUACGUCGGCGAGCACCUCGUCCGCGCCUUCUCCGGCCACUGCCGCGUCAUCGGCUUUGACGUGUCGCAGUCCCGCGUCGACAAGCUCAACAUCGACGCCACUCACCCCCGCGACACCUGCCUCUUCACCAGCCGGGCGAGCGACCUCGCGCCCGCCACGCACUUCCUCAUCGCCGUGCCCACGCUGCUCCGCCCGGACCUCCAGGCCGUCGACUCCUCCGCGCUCCGGCAAGCCCUCGCCGUCAUCUCGCCUCACGCGCGCCCGAACGCCGUCGUCGUCAUCGAGAGCUCCGUCGCCGUCGGCACCACCCGCACGCUCCUCGGUCCGCUCGCCGGCCGCCGCGGCCUACUCGCGGGGAUGUCGCCGGAGCGCGUCGAUCCGCGCGCGCAGGUGGCGGAGAUGGCCAAGCUGUACGAGAACUGCCAGCGGAUGGUGGGCAUCGCGUACGCGAACGAGAUGGCGGACGCGUGUCGCGGGCUGCGCGUGGACCCGUGGGAGGUGUGCAGGGCGGCGGCGACGAAGCCGUUCGGGUACAUGCCGCUCGCGCCGGGCGUGGGCGUGGGCGGGCACUGCAUUCCGGUGAAUCCGUGGUACUUGCUGGCGGGCGGUGGGUUUCCGCUGCUGAGGAGCGCGACGGAGGCGAUGAGGGCGCGGCCGGGCGUGCUGGCAGGGCGCAUCCUGGAGAGGUUUGCGGAGGAGGGGGAGGAGGGGGAGGAGGAGGGAGGGAGGCGGCCGAGGGUGCUGGUCGUGGGCAUCGGGUUCAAGCCGGGACAGGCGCAUCUGGCCAACUCGCCGGGGCUGGAGCUGGCGAGGAGCUUGGUCGUCUCGGGUCGCGUCGAGGUGGCAUGGGCGGAUCCGUUGGUGUCGCAGGAGGCGGUGCCGCAGAUACGACGACUCGACGAGGGCGAGUGGACGGCCGCGGCUCUGCGCGACGGAUUUGAUUACAUCGUGGCUGCCAUGCGUCAAACCGGUGUUGACUUUUCCGUCCUGGGCAAUUUGCCGACCAACAUGGUGGAGUGGUGGUUCGCACAGUAA